AUGGAUGCUGGAGAAAUAUGGUCCUCAUCAAGAAGUGCAUGGAUUAGUGGACUAGGAUCUGCAAUACUCUUCAGAGACUAUGGAUACAGAAUUCUGCCUAGUUUUUCUCAGAUGUUUUGGUUGGGCCCUCCAGUGGAUACCUUGGAUUGCAUGAUGAGAAUUGGGGUAUCUGACACAUAUGAUCCCAGCUGGCAAGUUGGUCAUUGGAGAGCACAAAGCCAUAGUCUGUCUAGAAGCUCCAUGUUUCCUAAGGAGGAAAGAAUAAUCCCCAGUGAUAUUAGGAUCAUGGCUGCAUCUGAAAUGUUGCUAGAUGCUCAAAGGCUAGCUGCAGAGAAAAAAGGAGCAUAUGAGACUCUGUUUGUCUAUGGAGCCCAUCUCAUUGGAGGCCAAAGAAUCAUAUUAGACCUGGAGCUGGAUAUGGAUGUUCCUGAUGAAAUCACUGUUUUAGUGGACAUUGACAGCUACAUCUGGGUCACUUCAAACUUUUGCCCAGCCCUCAGCUUAGGAAUCUACUUGGCUCCUGUAAUUGAUCAUCAAGUACCCAUUCACAAGCACAACCAUAUUUAUGUGGAUAUUCUCAUCCCUCAAAGUGCUGAUGACCAGGGUCCAGAUGGUACUGCACGAAAAGAGUGGUGGACCAAGUCUGUUCCUUUAAGCUCCAUAUCUCAUGUGCCAUUUGGAAUGCUGAGCACAGCAAAUCAUGCUUCCAAUUUUCUGCUGUUAUUUCCACGAAUAAUCCACAAGCGUACCAACUCAUCUCUCAAGGCCACCAGGAUUCCUCUUGAUGUCAUUGAUUUAUUUUGGAAUGAGGUGGUCCUGCCUUCUAUAUCUCAGGAGGCACCAAAUUCUUCUCUGCCCUAUGUGGAUACCACUGUGCAUGAAAUCAGAUAUAAAUCCAGAAAAGGUGGAUCUGGUCAGCCUGGAAGCCAAAGACCCAAGGCUACUCCUGUCUCCAAGGUGGCAUUUGAAAGAAUUCAAAGAAGCAUGAGAACUAGAGUCAAAGAUCAAGCAAUGUUGGCACCAUAUGGAUCCUUCUUCUUUGUCUUGGAAGGCAAAGGCAUCAAACUAUGGACUAAGGAUGGCCAGGAUGGCAGAUAUGACUCUCCCUAUGAAGCUUUGAAAAAAAACUUCACAAACCUGGACUGGAAUUAUAUGAUGGAUAGGAAUCAUGGAGAACUAUACUUGGAUAUAGGAAUCAGCUUCAAUCCCACUGGUCAAUUUGUGGGUCUUUGGAGGCUUGAUGCAUUACAGGUAUCUUUUCAGAAAGGAGGCUUUAGAAAAGGCAUCACUCACCACACCAACACUCUGGGAAGAUAUGGAGGAAUUCAGGCAGAAAUGCUCUUGGCCAAUGCAAGACCUAACCAGAUCUGCUUCCGAUCAGCUUACCAGCUGUGCUAUGAGGCCAUUAGACCUAAUAACAAUCAACCCAAGUCCAUUUCUGAUAGAGAUGGCUAUCAUCUUACAGAUGGAUAUCUCAAAGAAUGCCAAUGGAUGCAUGAAAUCUACAGUGGAGGUGCUUCUCAAAGAGCUUAUGGAUGUAGAGAUGAGUAUAGAAUGAGUGGACAGGCUGCUUUGAAGGUGCUUCCUCAUUUAAAAGAGCAGGCUGAAGCUUUUAUGAAAUCACAACCUAUUCUUUGGAUCCCUUCCAAUAUUUGGUUUGGCCUCAUGGAUGCCAGACUGAAAGGCUUGAGAUAUGCUCAAAAAUCUCUCAAAGCACAUAAACCUCUCAACUAUAGCAUUCUGGCAUAUCCCGUAUUCCGGACCUACAUCUGA